AUGAAUGUUUGCGAUCUCUUUAUUGGAACGAAUUCAGAAAGACGCCAAUUAUCGAAAAUCAUUGAGGAAUGGAAUACUAAAUCUUCAAUAUCUAGUAUCUCAAAGGAAUGGCGUAAAAAAAGACCUAACGGUUCGACUGAAAACCUAUCUAUUAUUCUCUAUAACUGUGAAUGUUUAAGUACCCAUAUUGCUGAUCUUGAUAUUUUAUUGUCAGUCUACACACCACAAAUUUUCAUACUAACCGGAGUUGGAUCGAGCAUCAAAAAUCUACCAAAAAUGACAUCCUAUUAUUGGAUCAGUCAAGAAGGUACCAAUUCCUUUGGAGGAGUAGCAAUGCUAAUACACAAUACACUAAAAACAAAGAUAACAAUGCAACAAUCGGACUUUUUAUUAAUAGAACUUGACAUCUUACCAAAACCAAUUUUUGUGGGAGCAAUUUAUGUUCCACCAAAAUCAUUGCCAGAAGUAGAAGCUGUAGCUGAGCGUUUAGAUAAUGAAAUGAAUACUGAUUUAGAACCAGAUUGUGAAGCUAUUGUGAAUAAUCAUAAAUCACAUAAACAACAAGGGUUAGGUCAACCUUCAAUUUUAACAACGUCAAAUAAUUCAAGUAUUGAAAUGGAUCGUUCAACAACAAUGAAAAAUCAGAAAAAGGUAGAUGCUGGUAAUGGUUUCAACACAUUACGCGAUAUUCAAUAUGUAACCAAAGAUAAAGAAAAUGAACAUGAUGAAGAAGUAUUAUCAUCAUGUGACGAUGUUGAUGAUUGUGAAAUUGAUGAUGAUAGCGACUCAACAGACGCAAUGAUUGGUAUAACAAACUCAUUAACUCUAGCAGCACGAUCAAAAUCAGCAUCAGUUAAUAAAGUUAAACCACAGCAAUCCAAAAAAUCCUUAUCAUAUGCUUCCAAAAAACAUCUCGUGAAACAGCAUCGAAACGAUUGUGCAAUAAACAACUUUUUCCUUCAAGCCGUGAUGGAAAUCUAG